ACCCCUCAAAAUUCUCCCCACUAGGGUUUGUGGCCAUUUUUCAUAGAGAAAGAGAGAGAGUGUGUGAGAGAAACCUCAUUCGGAAUCAAUGGCUCCCAGGAAGACACCACAGGUAUCCAGAAACCCAGAUCUGGUUCGAGGGAUCGGUAAGUACUCGAGGUCACAGAUGUACCACAAGAGAGGAUUGUGGGCUAUCAAGGCCAAAAACGGCGGUGUUUUCCCUAAACACGCUCCUAAAGUUAAAGACGCCGCCCCUGCUGAGAAACCACCCAAGUUUUACCCGGCUGAUGAUGUCAAGAAGCCACUGCCUAACAGGCGCAAACCUAAGCCCACCAAGCUAAGGGAUAGUAUUACUCCAGGGACUGUUUUGAUCAUUCUUGUUGGAAGGUUCAAGGGCAAGAGAGUUGUGUUCCUCAAGCAGCUUCCUUCAGGAUUGCUUCUAGUCACUGGACCAUUUAAGAUCAAUGGUGUUCCUCUUAGGAGAGUCAACCAAUCUUAUGUGAUUGGAACUUCCACUAAGGUUGACAUCUCUGGUGUUAAUGUGGAGAAGUUUGAUGAUAAAUAUUUUGGCAAGAAGGCUGAGAAGAAGAAGAAAAAGGGAGAGGGCAACUUCUUUGAGGCAGAUAAAGAGGGUGAGAAAGGUCUCCCACAAGAGAAGAAGGAUGACCAGAAGGCAGUGGAUGCACCGCUCAUUAAAUCACUCGAGUGCGUUCCAGAUUUGAAGGCAUACUUGGGUGCAAGGUUUUCUCUCAAGGAUGGAAUGAAACCUCACGAGCUUGUGUUCUAAAGGAAAAAAUUAGGAUCGUUUCUCUUGAGCUACUUUCUUAUUGUAUUUUGUUUGAACUUUAUCUUAGCAGCUGCACUUUCCUAGUGUUUUUGGCAAUAUAUGAACCUCUUACAAGGCAAUGUUUUGUGCAA